AUGGCUAUCUUUUCCACAAUCAUGCAACUUUCAAUCGGUCUCCUCGCAGCAACAACAGUCACAGCAACUCCUCUCCUCCAAACCCGCGCAGUGAUCGCUCACGACGCUGUGGUAGGAUUCGCCGAAAAGGUUCCCUCUGGAACAGUAGGAGCGGUAUAUGAAGCAUAUCAACCAUACCUCAAGGUAUUCAACGGCUGUGUUCCAUUCCCAGCUGUAGAUGCAGCAGGAAAUACUGGAGGCGGUUUAAAACCCAGUGGAGGUUCGAACGCCAAUUGUGGUAGCAGUACCGGACAGAUUUACGUUCGGGGCGCUCAAUCUGGUAGUCGUUAUGCUGUGAUGUAUUCCUGGUACUUCCCCAAAGACGAGCCCUCAACAGGUCUCGGCCACCGCCACGACUGGGAAGGCGUAAUCAUCUGGCUCAACAGCGCCACCUCCACCACCGCCGCUAACAUCGCAGCCGUCUGUCCCUCUGCUCACGGCGGUUGGGACUGCGCGACGUCCGGCUACACGCUCACGGGUACUGGUGCGCGUAUCGGGUAUCAGAGUUCCUGGCCGGUCAAUCAUCAGUGUAUACUUACGAGUGAUGUUGGAGGACAGCAGCCGUUGAUUGCGUGGGAGUCGCUUACGGAUGCGGCGAGAACUGCGUUGAGUAAUACGGAUUUUGGGGAUGCGAAUGUGCCGUUUAAGGAUGCGAAUUUUGUGGGGAAUUUGGGGAAGGCGACGUUCUGA